CAGAAUAACUGACAGAAUCUAGAAGAAGGAGGCACAUUCACCAAAUAUGGAAGAGGAUACCAAACCUCUCUUGGUUCCUGUGGGAGGCGAUGAAAGCAGUUAUGGAAUCAUGAAUAUACAGUUCAAUCCAGAAGACUUUAAGUGCAAAAGACCAUUUCAUGUGGAGCCUACAAACAUAGUCAAUGUGAACGAUGACAUGCAAAGAGUCACUGAUGAAGCUUCAGCAAUGAAUAAGCGGAUUCAUUACUACAGCAGGCUCACAUCUCCUGCAGACAGGGCAUUGAUUGCUCCUGAUCAUGUACUUCCAGCUCCUGAUGAAAUCUACGUGUACAGUCCGUUAGGAACUGCUUUUAAAGUUGACAGUUGCACAGAUGGCUAUGGUAAAAACUCCAGUAUAGUGACAAUAUUUAUGAUAUGGAAUACAAUGAUGGGUACAUCUAUAUUAAGUAUCCCAUGGGGAAUAAAACAGGCAGGCUUUACUUCUGGAAUCAUUCUCAUCUUACUUAUGGGCAUUUUGACUCUUUAUUGCUGCUACAGAGUUGUGAAAUCACGGAAAAUGAUACCUUUAGUAGACACCUCAAACUGGGAAUUCCCAGAUGUUUGCAAGUAUUACUUUGGAUCCUUUGGUCAAUGGUCAAGCCUCUUAUUUUCUAUGAUAUCGCUUGUUGGAGCCAUGGUUGUUUAUUGGGUGCUUAUGUCCAACUUUCUGUUCAACACGGGAAAGUUUAUAUACAACUUUGUUCAUGACAUUAAUGUAACAGAUAUUGUUCCCGGCACUAAUGGAAGUAACAAAGUCAUUUGUCCAAGUGCUGCUAGCGGUCACCCACCACAGAACAGGAGUGUGAUGUUCUCUUCUGGCAACAGUACAGAUUUUGAACUCUUCGAGGAGUGGUGGAACAAAUCACGAACAGUACCAUUGUACCUGAUUGCUGUUCUUCUGCCCCUCCUAAAUCUGAAGUCUCCAUCCUUCUUUGCUAAGUUUAAUGUCCUAGGUACGGUUUCAGUUGUCUACUUAGUUUUUCUGGUUACUGUAAAGGCUGCUUGUCUGGGAAUCCACUUAGAAUACAACUGGUUUACCGAGAAUGAAUUUUUUGUACCAGAGUUUAGAAUUCUGUUCCCUCAGCUCACAGGGGUUCUGACACUUGCCUUCUUCAUCCACAAUUGUGUCAUCACGCUUCUUCAAAAUAACAGGAAUCAAGAAAACAAUGUGAGAGACCUCUCUAUUGCAUACUUCCUGGUGGGAUUGACAUAUCUGUAUGUCGGAGUGAUAAUUUUUGCAUCUUUUCCUUCACCACCACUAUCCAAAGAAUGUAUUGAACAGAAUUUUCUAGAUAACUUUCCCAGUGAUGACAUCAUGUCAUUUGUUGCAAGAAUAUUCCUGCUAUUCCAGAUGAUGACUGUGUACCCACUGUUGGGUUAUCUGGCACGAGUUCAGCUGUUAAGACAAUUUUUUGGAAAUGCUUACCCAAGUGUUUUCCAUGUGCUUGUCCUGAAUGUGGCAAUUGUAGGAGCUGGAGUAGCAAUGGCAAGAUUUUAUCCGAAUAUAGGAGGUAUCAUAAGAUACUCUGGAGCCACAUGUGGUCUGGCCUUUGUAUUCGUGUAUCCGUCUCUCAUCUACGUGAUCUCCCUGCAUCGUGCUGGGCAGCUGACGUGGCCAGCAUUGAUCAUUCACAUCUUUAUAAUCCUCCUUGGACUGGCUAAUCUGAUUGCACAAUUCCUAUUGUGAAAACUCCCCCUUCUCCCUGUGGCUGUCACAAGUGGUACUGUGACAUUUGGCAACAGCCUUGAGCAACAGUGUCAUGCAUGAGAAUGAACAGUCCUCAGUAUGGUUUUCUUGAGAAAAGCUACACCUUUGAAACAAAUUCAAAACGCGUCUUU